GUUCUCAACCUAUUCACCAUCAACACCUGCUCGUCAUGCGACACAAGCGUGCAAAGGUGUAUAAAAGGGCCAUGGGUAUAUACACCCAGGCUUUCAAUUUCCGUCAACCGUUCCAGAUUCUAGUGUCACAAGAUAUCCUGUUGAGCCUGAAUAAGGAGAGCGACAUACACAAGCAGCUCUUUGCGUGUGUGCAAGGUAAUGUGAAGCCAAUGAUUACUCAGUGCUGUAUCGAUGCCUUGUACAAGAAGGGCAGAGACUAUCAACCGCUUGUGGAUAUUGCAAAGACGUUUGAAAGACGUAAAUGUAAUCACAGGGAGGUGAUUGAGCCGGACGAGUGUUUGAAGGAUGUGAUCGGCCAAACCAACAAACAUCGCUAUGUGCUUGCUGCCCAGUCAGUCAAACUGCGAACGUCCCUCUCUACUAUCCCUGGCCUCCCAAUGAUUCAUUUCAAUCCCCGAGGCGUGCUCGUCCAAUCUCCUCCAUCCCGUGCGACGCUAAAAUAUAAGGACGCAAUGGAAGAAGAACGAAGGACGGAAGGUGCUAGAGUCUUGGAUGGCAUCGUAGACGGAGACAACGUCCUGGGAGCCGCUCAGAUUGACGGUGGGCAAAGGGCCGUGGCAGGUCCCUCAAGCAGCGGUCAACCUAGACGCAACAGGAUCAAAGGACCGAAUCCGCUGAGCGUCAAGAAGAAGAAGAGAAAAGCGCCAGAUGACCAGGCUGAGACUGCGACCAAGAGGAAGAGCUCUGAGCCUCGGGACGUCCAGGUAGAAGGCUCAGAUGAUGUUAGGAAGAAGAAGAAGCGGAAACGGAGAGGCAAAGGAGAGGUGGCGUUGGCCAUCGAGGAGAUUAGGGCUGGACAGAUGGCAGAUGACUAGACGGGGGGCACGCUCGUGAUGUGGCUUCUGACAGAGACUCUAAGAGCUCUCAUUGGCAAGACUUUCCGUGCUAUUGGGAGACAUUGCUUUGCCUAACUCACAAAGUUGGUCACCGGUGAAGAUGUGGCACCAACUCCUGCCACUUCUCGUAGAGCAACAACCCGUCGUGCAUGUAAUGUGCUGCAUGAAUACGCUGCGUGUCGUCU